UUAUGUGUCUCUGAAUGGGGAUGAGAACCUAAAAUUUGACUUCACAAUUGCUCUGCCAUUGUCCCUGCUUUCAAAGACUGAUGAUAAUACACUGAGUGUCCCUGCAGCUGCUAACUCUAACUGACCACAGCAGCUUUUUCUCAUCUGCGGAGAGUUAAUCUUGGACCAGUUGAACGUGGGCGUGGACUUUAACGCCAUCCCUUGCUGUUCAUUGGGCAGUCUGAGUGUCACUCAGCGCCGCUUCUCCCUCCUUUGCUUUUAAAUGAAGUAUGCAAUGGAUACAGGCUUGACUCAACCUGUGGAAGCCGCGAUGAACAGCUGAUCCUCCCGCAGUGGAUAAAACCGAUCACCAUGGUCACCGCCGAGUCAUGAUUUCUCAUCCCACGCAUGGCACUAUGUGAAUAGUUAUUGAAUAGACAAAGGAAAAUAACUAAAAGGAAAGUAGAGAGAAGGAGUGUUUCUGGAGCGUGUUAUUUGUUCCCGGUUUGGACCUGUUGAUCAUCAGUGUGACACCCGGACACACAGAGUCUACCUGCCGCUCCCUGCUCCGCGCUCACCGACCAUCAAUUAUGUUAUUGUCAGGUUUUCUUCUUUUCACCUUUUCUCACUUUUUGGCGCCUCUGCUUCUCUGUUACCUGCCUCAAGUCUCCGCACAGAAGUCUAACUCCCGGUGGCUGAUUGGAGACAGAGACAGUCACUGUGGGGUCAUCUGCUCACGGACGCAGGGGAAGCCGGUGUGCGGCUCGGACGGGCGGAGCUAUGAGACCGGCUGUGAGCUGCAGAGGGCGCGCUGCCAAGAUAAAACACUGACACUGGCACACCGCGGCCGGUGUCGAGGUAAAAACUGGGUGAAAAUCGAUCAGUUGCCCGUGGCUCCAGCACCAACUUCCACAUCUGAAGGGAGAGACCUGGAGCUCAAAGAUGCGGGUCAGUCAAAGUGUCGUGUUGAGAGAACCCAGGCUCUGGAACAAGCCAGAAGACCUCAAGAGUCCAUGUUUAUCCCAGAUUGCAACGAGGAUGGAACGUUUGCCCAGGUCCAGUGUCAUACUCUGACAGGUUACUGCUGGUGUGUCACCAGUGACGGCAAGCCAGUGAGUGGCUCCUCUGUGCAAAACAGGACCCCGGUGUGUUCAGGAAACUUCCGUGAAUUUAUGGGAACUCAUGCUGGGGCAAGUGGAUUGUCAGGGUCAGUAACCGAUAAACCGCCUGGGCCACCGAACUCUGGUAGAAAAGUUUGUAGCUCACAGUCGAGACCUGGAUCAAACAGUAAUUGUCAAAUACUGAGUGUUCCAGAUGCUACAAAACUGCACAUGGAUGAUGGCUCCAAGCCCACACCCACCAUGGAGACUCAUGUCCCCCCUGAGGGUGAUGAAAUAACUGCUCCAACACUUUGGAUAAAACAGGUUUAUAAGGGGAAUAAGAACAGCUCCACUUCCAGGAAACAAGAGAAAGUUCCCUCUUGUGACCAGGAGCGACAGAGCGCACUGGAGGAGGCUCGGCAGAAUCCUCGUGAGGCCAUUUUCAUCCCCGACUGUGGGCCCGGAGGCCUUUAUAAACCAGUCCAGUGCCACCAGUCCACAGGCUACUGCUGGUGUGUUCUGGUGGACACGGGACGACCCAUUCCUGGAACCUCCACCAGGUACCAGACGCCAGAGUGUGACAGUGCUGCACGAUCUCGCGUCUCAGACACAGAAGAUCCCUUCCAAGGCAGAGACCUGACAGGCUGCCCAGAGGGAAAGAAAGUGGAAUUCAUUACAAGCUUGUUAGAUGCCCUCACCACUGACAUGGUGCAAGCCAUAAACUCACCAGCCCCCUCUGGUGGUGGGAGGUUUGUUGAGCCUGAUCCCAGCCACACUUUAGAGGAGAGGGUGGUACACUGGUACUUUGCCCAGCUGGAUAACAACGGCAGCCAUGACAUCAACAAGAAGGAACUCAAGCCGUUUAAGAGGUACCUGAAGAAGAAAGCCAAACCCAAGAAAUGCGCCCGCAAGUUCACCGACUACUGUGACCUGAAUAAGGACAGGGCCAUUUCCCUGCAGGAGCUGAAAGGCUGCCUGGGCGUCAGCAAGGAGGGCAGCUCAACGACAAGUGGCAGCCAAGGGACAAGUAGGUCGUCUGGUGUGAGAAGAGAAGGAUCCAGAAGCUGAGACGAGAGCAGAGGGCACAGAGGGAAGGCAUCUGUACGCUUGCUGACAGGAAAGAGAAAGAUGGAGCAGAAAAAUUAUGAAGUUCCUGAGUUUAAAAAAAAAAAAAGAAAGAAAAGAAAGAACAGAAAAACAAGAAAAGAAAACGAAGCGGCGCCAAAAUAUUUGCACUUUCUCCUCCCUAUGUUUGACAUUUUAUCUGUCUGUACGUGUUUUUUUUUCCUCUUGAAGUGACUGAAAAUGUCUAGUAAGAAUGAGAAUAUAUUUGUAAAAUGAUAACUCACCACUGGAAGAUGUGCAUGUUACCACAUUUCCCCUUGUGUUUAGUCUGCUGUUGUGAUUCGUUUUGUCCUCAGAUAACAGGAACAGGCACUAACACAUUUUGUGGCCAUUAAAUUCAACACUUCCCCCUUUACAUAUAGCCGCACACAGGUCAGUGGUAACUCACGAAACAGGAGCCUACAGUGAGUCACAGUAGCCCAAAUGUUGUUCGGCAGAGACAAACUUAAAAUGAAGACAUGAGUAUGCAAUAUUAAGUGAACAGCAUGUAUUAAACUGUGACCAUGAAGUCUAAUUUAUCAGGCCAGAAUUAGCUGUAUGAAUCCCCUCACACUGUGCAGAACUUUCUAGACAUAUUUCCAUAUGGGGUUAAGAAUCAGAUCUUUGUGAACGAUGUCCACAAUGAGUUAUGUCUGGUUUUUGUUCAGUACAUACCAGAGCUGUAAGUAAGUCAUUACUUUACUUUUUUACCACACAGUUACUAAAGAUGAAGUAAAGUUUUCUCAGUUGCACAUGCCUUGAGGUUUUCAUUGUUGUUCUACUUGUGCUAAAACAAUAAUUAUUUUAGUUAAAUUCAAAAAGGCAAAUUGAAAAAAUGUCUAGCCGCUCUCAGUAAUAAAUGUAAUCUGAGUACUUUUAAAGUCGUGCACCCCCUCCCCAACAUCGGUACAGUGCAUACACAGUACGUUUGCAUCAGUAUGAACAUAUUAAAGCUGCAUUAAUUACCAUGUUAAUCAGUUCCUUCCUGGUAGACAGAGCAACAUUUUCAUCCCGUCAAAUAUUUACUCUCUGUUUAGCAGCCAGUUGCUAACUGUGUUCGUCUGGAGUUUGGUACUUGGGCCGGUGGCAUAUAGUCGGUUCAUCAUAGAUUAUUUGCUGAAUACAGUUUGAUUAGAGUGCUGAGACCAAACUAUAUGUAGUUAAUGUGCCAUAAAAGCAAUUAGUUAAAAUAAAAAUAGACAAGAGCUGCAGAGUUGGGUGAGGGUUUGUCUGUCUAAGGAGCUAUAUGUAUGAAUUCGUACAAAUCGCGGGCAGCAUAUCACCAGCAAACAUAUUAACGUUGUCAGUGGGUAAUUUGAUGUCAUGUUGGAACUCAAUGUUGCUAGUUUUAUUACUUCAAACGACCAAGCCCAAAAAAACAGCUAUAGAGCCAUUCACAGUAUGUUAAUGAUGAAUUCCAUGUUGCAAAGUGUUUGGUGUUGAUGAGUUCAUCGGCUCCACUGGCUACCUUAACAAAUUAUGACCUCAACAGUCUCUGACAAAGACCCCCUGGUGGGGAUUAGAUUUUUCCACAACAGAUUACAGUCUCGGAGCAGAGCUGAGUUUUAAACAUUCUUAAUAGCACCAGGAAAAAGAGGUGGCACAGAUGACUAAACCCGACCAGUAAAUGGAGUAAGAUGUUUACAUGGCAGGGCAUCCCGUUAACAUCAGCUCUUUUCGGCUGUCAUAGUCACAUUCAUCCCAGUUAUUGUAAACAACAUGCGGCAUUUACAAAUGCUAGUUCCUAAAAUAAAUAUUUGAGUCUCCUCUGUAAUAUCAGAGUACAUUUUUGUGUAUGUAAACACAUUCAUUGUCUGUCUUCCAACAGUUGAUGUCAGUCCUGCUCUGUGAAACACUUACCACCACACAUACUUGGAGCUUUGCCACCUUAUAUAAGACAAUGCAGUAAGUCUCUUAAAACACCCCCCAGGGUAUCAGAUUAAUGGGAAAAUGAUCGAGCAGGGAGGAAAAACACUAGAAAAAGAUCUUUGAAUGAAAAUAAAUAAAUAACACUUCCUCAUCACAUUUGGGAACAAUUGAGUUUCAAAAUUGAAGAAUCGUGCAUUUGCUAUUGUGGUCUGAAUGCUUGCUUUUUUUUUUUUCUUUUUUUUUUGAGUUGUGUAUUUCUUAGCAUAUUCCCAAAAGUCACUGCAGUGACUCAUGAACAUAAGACUAAAAAAAAGGCUCCUUGUAAAUAUGUACAAUAACCUUUGUUUGUUUGUUUGUUUGACUAAAUUUCAUUGAGGGGCAUAUGGGUGUUCACUUACUUCACUGUCAUUCUGGCUUAUUGUAAAAAAAUAUAUCUGAAUACAUUUAACUGUGUUUACAUGAUGUCAAACAUUAGGCUAUAACAGUAGCUAAUUCACAUCAUUGAGAUGCUUAGACCAGACUGGAUGUUAUCAGCUCUGAACACUGUUUAUUUUAUCUGUGUUGGGGUUAUUUGACUAUUUCAUUUGUGUUUUACAAUUCCUGCAAUCAUCACUAUACGAGAAUGUACACGGUAUCUGGAGCUGAAUCCACCACAAUCACAUCAAGUCCAGUUGGGUCUAAUUUGAACUGGACAGUUAUGUCAGGAAUGAGAAGAGAAACUUCUCUUUCUUAGACGGCUGUGUAGUCUCUCCUGAGUGCCUGCUUCAGUCCAGGUUUGAACACUGGGCUUGUGUGUCUGCUGAAGUGCUUCCAGACGCUGCAGAGAUCACAUGAGAGAUCUAAAACAACCUAACAGGCCAGUAAUCACUGCUAAUCACGAUGGGAGAUGAAUAGUGAAGGGGGCUUAUAGAUGACUGUCAGUCUGACGGGGAGAAGCCCAGAUUGUCUUGCCACUCACCAACCACUUUUCCAAUGCAAAACCCCAAUAAGCUUGUCAAGACCGUCUCAAAAUGUUUUGAUAAUAUUUCUUAUUCAUAGCUGAAGAAAUUAGAUCUGUUGGAAAACAAAACACCGAGACGUGUUGUCUUUGGGUGAAAUUGGUCAAUGUAAAUGUUGUGGCUUGAGGUGUAACUGUUUGGCUAAGCAAUGAAAACGAAAAUGCUUCUCCACUUUCAUAUAGGCUUGAUUUCCUGAGCUGUUUGAACCUGUGUCACGACACACACAUACAAGACUAAACAAGACAGGACCAAAAAGAAAAAGAGGCGAACAUACACAAACUGAUAAAAAGCCAGAGUUUAUGAAGUACAUCUUGGCACACAGCAGUAGCGUACACCUGGGUUGUAUCACUUUUCUGGGUAGUGUGUGUUUUUUUCCCACCUGAACUGUGACAUAAAUUUAAAAGCGGCCAUAAUGAUAAACAUAAUACCUGAUAAACAAACUCACUGUUGUAGGGUAAAUUUUGGUUACCAGACCACCAAAAUCUCAGAUUAAAGCUAUGAUUUAAAUGAAGAGAAUGAAUGUACACACAUUGUAUCCCAGCGUUUUGUUUGAGUAUGUUUAAAAACUUCUUAAAUAUGAAAUACGAAAAACAUUCUGAUGUUUUUAUUUUUCCAGAGCUACAACUCUUCCCAUUGAAACUUGUACAACAACAAAAGCGACAAUAAUAUAGAACCUUCUACCACAUUUAUUCAAACUAUGCUCAGUUUGGACUUACUCUUGUGCAAUGGAGAAGCAUUUUGAACUCUAACAGAAGACAGGCUCUCUGGGGGGGGAGGAAAUCAAUACUGACCCCUAUUGGUGUAGAUGGUUUACUGCAGUCUGUAAGUUCACACAUUGAACCCUGUUAGCCUGAUAUGCACAAGGAGUUCACACAUACUACACCAGCAUCAACCAUGCCAAUUGACUUUCAUGAACUGACAAUAAAUAUUUUUAAAAGGA